UUUUAUUUUUCUUCCGUGGAAGAAAACAGCAUACGGUUUUGCGUACAGGUUUCGCUUCAGAAAACCUGUUUUAUCAGCGAUAUAUACCGGUAUGCAGUAAAUGUCUUACAAACUUUGCGCGUGUGAAAAUUAUAUUGCUCAAUAUUUACACAGACGUUUUUCUUUAACAAGUUUUCUUCGGAUAAUAUUAGGUUAUUUCAGCGAAAUUAAGUGUGCCUAUAGAUAUUGUGCUCUCUUGUUUUUGGUGGAUUUUAGCGAUACUUUAUGCUGAAAUACUUUUGUGAAGUUUUAAAAUGACUCAGCCUGAAUUAUUGGGAAAUAUUUAUUUUAAAUACGUACUCUCCCAGCUAAGGUUACAAUUGCUGCAGGAUAAAUAAGAAGAUAAAGGAGAUCCUUCACCAGCGAAAUUAUUCUUAAUUUUGUGAAAAUUACACCAAUCAAGUGCACUUUUUCUUCGAGAUACUUGAUUUUUUCCGGAGGAUAUUUGGUUUCAUCGCAGUAGAUUGGAUCAUAGAUUCAUAGAGACGUAUUUGUCAACAGCAGACUUUUAACGAGUUAAAUAACAACCUGAUCAAAGAUGUCUUUUGAAGAACCGAAAGCUCCUAUAGUCCGUAUCAGGAAAAAAAGAACGAAGAAAAAGUCCAAGGACAACGACAUUGUACAUCUGCCGGUUCGAGCGUCUCAGCAGGGCCGAUAUUCCAGUCUAACAACACCGCCAAAUCCGCAGACGAAAGGUCGAGAAUGUUGCCGCCAAAUUUUUGCGUGUUGCAUGAAAAUACCCGUAUGUAGAAUGAUCUGUUUCCGGUGUAUAUUACCGAAAUGCUACAGCGGUGAAGGAAGUGACGACGAAGAAACAAAUAUAAAAGAUGAAGGUUAUCAUAGCCAAAAUAGGCGGAGUUCGGAAAUAAUUCCAAACCCAGAGGGCGGUGCUCAUGGUGGUAUGGACCCACAAAGUGUUGAAAUGACCGAAAUCAAAAGUGAAACAGUAACUUUAAUACCGCCUCCGCGAACUAAGAUAAAUGAUUAUAGAAAGGAUCCAUGUAAAUCCGAAAAAGCAAAUGACAACAUAAAAGACGAAGUAACUUAUAUUGAAGUUGAAAGUGUAUCUUUGACAGGCAGUGUAAAUGCAGAUCAUAACAUUCCAGACAAUGACUCUCUAGUAGAUGAUUCAAAAACGUUUAAACUCGAAGCAACAGAAAUGGGUUACGAAGAACCGGUUCACGUGGGUGUACCUGAGUUUACUAAUUUAAAAUCACUUGCUGCGGAGGAUUGUUCAGAAUAUGUUGACUGUGACAAACCGGAUAAUUCUGAGUCACAAGUUUAUGUAAAUGACAGUGUGUUAGGUAUACAUGGGGACUCUGGUGAAAAGAAUAGUCCACAUUUAGAAAGACAUUACAUAAAUAUAGCCCCAAGUGGUGUACAGGAAGAAAUGCAUUCCGAAGAACAAGUGGAAAUUUGCAAACCGCAUGAAUAUGUAAAUUUACCGUCGUUUGAAUCAACAGAGAUUGGAGUAAAUAAAGAUGAGAACGGUUAUAAAGUUGAAGUAUCAAACACUGAAAAAGAAACGGAAAUAGGAAACUUAUUGGAAGAGGUUGUGAAUGAAAUCAAGUUUGGUAAGAAAGAUAUAGAUGAUAAAAUACUGAACACUGGAACUGAAGAGCGUGACGAAGUUAAACAAAACGAGUUGAAUGUUAAAGAUACUAUACACCAUGAUAAAGAUUUUGUGAUAGAAAAUAGUGAUGGUGAAAAGUUGUUAGAUAAAAAGAAAACUAAAGUGCAUAAAACUGCAAAAGCAAGUAAUGAUACAGCAGAUGAUAGUUCCGAUAAUGAAGGAUCUGGUGACCAGACAAAACUGAUAUGAAUAAUUUUAACAAACAUUUUACAGCCUAGAUUCCGUCGCAUGAUUUAUAAUAUAAAGUAAAUACCAUUCGUAAUCAACAGUAUAGAGUAAUGUGUUAGAUAUUUUAGAUCGUAAAGUAAGAUAAGACUUCAAUUUACAUAACCUUAAUAGUCAAUCAUGGCCUUUAAAUUCAAAGUCAAAUAAUUUUAACCCUGACCACGUUAGAUAUCUUAAAUGGACUAGUCCGUCUUAAAAUCAGACUAAAGCCAUUUAUCUAUUUAGGGAAAAUUUUAAAAUACAUUUUUUGUAUAUACAUGUACUUACUAAAUAACGAACAGCGCAGACCAUGAUCACACUAGGAUGUGCCGGUAAACAUUGGUCUGCAUUAAGCGCAUGCGUAGAAUUUUUGCCGCUGGCAGGCUUAGAGAAACUCAUUUUAGAGAUUGAUGUUUACAGAUUACAAAGUUGGUUUUCUUGUUGUUGUUUUUGUUUGUUAUGUUUUAAUUUCUGAAACUGUAUGGGAAGUUCACUAUUCUAUAUUGACAAUUUGUUGCGCCACCGUAAAAAGGGUGAAAGUACAGUGCCUAGAGGCUGAGUAACAUCUAAGUGUUAUGUAUUCAUAUAAUAUCAUCAUUUUAUUGUACAAGGGAAGUAACUCGAAAAACUGUCCUGAUAUUUUAGUAAACGGAUACAUGUAAAAUACACAGAUUUUGUCAAGUUUGCUGAAACAGGUAUAUUUGUAUGAUGAUGAUUUAUUAUUAUGAUUUUUAAUUGAAAUACUAAAUUGAUAUAUACAUUUACAUAUUUUGCAUAAACAAUAGAUAAGUAUAAUUAUAAUAUUCAUAAAACAUUACAAAUUUAAUAUCAGAAAGAAAUUAACAUUUUUAUACAUAAAAUACAUAAAAAAGCUAUAUAAAUUUUAUUUUUGAAAAUUACUGUCAAUAAAUGAAUGUUAAUAAACGUUGUAAAACCGGA